AUGUCCUUGAGCCCCAAGGACGUCUACUGUACCGACAGGAAAACCUACCUUCAGUCCUCCAAAGACCGUCAGUCCUUCAGCUACAAAUCAGAACCAUUAUGGAAUGGUACGACUGGGACACGAGGAUCAAACCGCUGGGACUACACUCCCUUUAAAGUUACAAGAAACGAACGUCGCUUCGAGAACCUCACCAGACGCGUACACGACUUCAAUCAAGGUUUGGCCUACGUAAUCAAGCCAAGACUGAACUUCUGCAACAUCACCAAGAUCGAAAAUGUGACAAGUUGGGGAGACGUGAUGGUCGGGGAAGACGGUUCCGUUUUCAUGCAGAGUCCCUGGAACUACGAGGACCUUGACGAACCCAUGCAGUACAACGGCAUUCACUGGGAGCGUGGCUUAGAGACCGAUGUUUGGGUCGGCGUCAAGAAGAAUCCGCACCUUGGAAUCAAAGAAAAUUACGUUUGGUACUUUGCAUCGCCUUUGACAAAUGAAAUAUUAGGACGCCAAAGUCCUAAAUUACCAAGCUUCCCAACACUCGACAAGGUCCCAGUAAAAUUGGAGAAAUACAUUUCACUGAUGGAGGGGUUCCCACACGUCAUCUACAACAUCUACGACUACAACUCAGAGGUGCCCCACACUCACAAGCACGACGUGUCGCUUUGCUUCUCCCCCAGUCAGAUGAGGCACUUCAAGUUCGACCUCCCGGCCAAUUCGCUCAACAAAACAUAUUACCUCAGAGAGAACGUCAAGUACGCGACGAUGCAAACGCUCGCCGAAGCUGCCAAAGUAUCGCCCAUAAGAAUUAAUCGCCUGGAACAAGCGCUGAAGCGGUGGCGCGGUGAGGCCCUGAGGACCAGAGCCAUGCUUUGGAUUUGGGUGCACGAUUUUAGUCCUUUCCUGCAACUCUCCCCCGGAUAUAGGUCCGACAAAAAGCUUGGGGUUUGUUUAGGCUUUUGGUCCAGUGGAGAUGAUAGCAAAAUCGUCUGGGAUAGGAAUGAUCUUUCACCCCACUUGGAGGGUUUUGUUGAGGGUCAGGACAUUAAUGUGUUAAAGAGGGCUGGACUGAGAACCCCACCUGUGGGUUUUCCCUUCUUAGUGGCCUGUGCUUUGAUAGGUGACCCUUGGAAUUUGACUCUGGGUGUUUUUUAUUCCUAA